AUGGCCCGGCGCUCCGGCGGACCCCCCCGGCUGCUCCGGCUCCUGUGGUUGCUCCAAGCCCUGCUGGACCUGGCCGGCUCCCAGGAGAUUUACGCGCCGCACUCGAUCCGGGUGGAGGGCGACGUGACGCUGGGGGGGCUCUUCCCGGUGCACGCCAGGGGGGUCCCGGGGAUGCCGUGCGGGGACAUCAAGAAGGAGAACGGCAUCCACCGGCUGGAGGCGAUGAUGUACGCGCUGGACCAGAUCAACGGCGACGACGAGCUGCUGCCCAACGUCACCCUGGGCGCGCGGAUCCUGGACACCUGCUCGCGGGACACGUACGCGCUGGAGCAGUCGCUGACGUUCGUGCAGGCGCUGAUCCAGAAGGACACGUCGGACGUCCGCUGCACCAACGGGGAGCCGCCGGUGUUCGUGAAGCCCGAGAAAGUUGUGGGAGUCAUCGGCGCGUCCGCCAGCUCCGUGUCCAUCAUGGUGGCCAACAUCCUGCGCCUCUUCCAGAUCCCCCAGAUCAGCUAUGCAUCCACGGCCCCGGAGCUGAGCGACGACCGGCGGUACGACUUCUUCUCUCGCGUCGUCCCUCCAGACAGCUUCCAGGCCCAGGCGAUGGUGGACAUCGUCAAGGCCAUGGGCUGGAACUACGUCUCCACCGUGGCCUCGGAGGGCAGCUACGGCGAGAAGGGGGUGGACGCCUUCAUGCAGCUCUCCAGAGAAGCAGGUGGAAUCUGCAUCGCUCAGUCCCUGAAGAUCCCUCACGACCACAAACCCUCCGACUUCGACAAGAUCAUCCGCCUGCUGCUGGACACCCGGUACGCCCGGGCCGUCAUCCUGUUCGCCUCCGACGAAGACAUCAGGGGAAUCCUGAACGCCAGCAAGCGGGCCGACCAGGUGGGCCACUUCCUGUGGAUCGGCUCCGACAGCUGGGGCGCCAAAAACAGCCCGAUCCACCAGCUGGAGGACGCCGCCGUCGGAGCCAUCACCAUCCUGCCCAAGAGAGCCACCAUCAGCGGCUUCGACGCCUACUUCACGUCGCGGACGCUGGAGAACAACCGCAGGAACGUUUGGUUCGCCGAGUACUGGGAGGAGAACUUCAACUGCAAGCUGAUGAGCUCGUCCAAGAAGGACGAGAGCAGCCGCAAGUGCACAGGUCAGGAGCGAAUCGGCAUCGACUCCAAGUACGAGCAGGAGGGGAAGGUCCAGUUCGUGAUCGACGCCGUGUACGCCAUGGCCAACGCCCUGCACAACAUGCAGCGCGACCUGUGUCCCGAGAACUCGGGCAUCUGCCCCGACAUGGACCUGGCCGGAGGGAAGAAGCUGCUCAAGUACAUCCGCAGCGUCAGCUUCAACGGAAGCGCCGGUACUUCAGUGACGUUCAACCGCAACGGCGACGCUCCCGGACGCUACGAUCUGUUUCAGUACCAGUGGAACAACGCCACCGGGCCGGGAUACCGCGUGAUUGGACAGUGGACGGAGACGCUGCAGCUCAACAUGGAGGACAUGCAGUGGCCUCGCGGCGAGCAGGACGUCCCCACCUCCGUCUGCAGCCUGCCCUGCAAGGCCGGCGAGAGGAAGAAGGUGGUGAAGGGCAUGCCGUGCUGCUGGCACUGCGAGCCCUGCGACGGCUACCAGUACCAGCCCGACGAGUUCAACUGCAAGCUGUGCUCCUACAACAUGAGGCCGAGCGCCAACCGCACGUCCUGCCAGCCCAUCCCCAUCACCAAGCUGGAGUGGCACUCGCCCUGGGCCGUGAUCCCCGUCUUCCUGGCCAUGCUGGGCAUCAUCGCCACCAUCUUCGUCAUGGCCACCUUCGUGCGCUACAACGACACGCCCAUCGUCCGGGCGUCGGGCCGCGAGCUCAGCUACGUCCUGCUGACCGGGAUUUUCCUGUGCUACAUCAUCACCUUCCUCAUGAUCGCCAAGCCGGACGUGGGCGUGUGCUCCUUCAGGAGGAUCUUCCUGGGCCUCGGCAUGUGCAUCAGCUACGCCGCCCUGCUCACCAAAACCAACCGCAUCUACCGCAUCUUCGAGCAGGGCAAGAAGUCGGUGACGGCGCCGCGGCUGAUCAGCCCCACCUCGCAACUGGCCAUCACCUCCAGCCUGAUCUCGGUGCAGCUGCUGGGGGUUCUGAUCUGGUUCAGCGUGGACCCGCCCAACACCAUCGUGGACUACGACGAGCAGAAGACCCUCAACCCCGACCUGGCGCGAGGAGUGCUGAAGUGCGACAUCACGGACCUGCAGAUCAUCUGCUCGCUGGGUUACAGCAUCUUGCUGAUGGUGACGUGUACUGUUUACGCCAUCAAGACCCGCGGCGUCCCCGAGAACUUUAACGAGGCCAAACCCAUCGGCUUCACCAUGUACACCACCUGCAUCGUGUGGCUCGCCUUCAUCCCCAUCUUCUUCGGCACGGCGCAGUCUGCGGAGAAGCUCUACAUCCAGACGACCACGCUGACCAUCUCCAUGAACCUGAGCGCGUCCGUCGCCCUCGGGAUGCUCUACAUGCCCAAAGUCUACGUCAUCAUCUUCCACCCGGAGCUCAACGUGCAGAAGAGGAAGCGCUCCUUCAAGGCCGUCGUCACGGCGGCCACCAUGUCCACCCGGCUGUCCCACAAAGCCAGCGACCGGCCCAACGGCGAGGCCAAGACGGAGCUGUGCGAGAACGUCGACCCCAACA